AGAAAAAAUAAUCUGUUUUUCUCUCCAAAGGAAAGACAAAAGAGAAGAAGAAGCCGACCCGAAAUCCGCUGCUUUUUGUCUGUUUCUGACAAAACUUUCCCACCAGGAGGAAACAAACAUGAGUCACGUCGACGUGAAAAACCUGAAGCCCACCAGCUUUGAAAACGAGUACUACGACCAAUAUGAGUAUUAUAAUUUAACCGACAAAUACACUGGUGAGCUGCACUUCUGUUUGCACUGUCGCGUGCUUGCUAACUUGCGAAAUCUUGACUCGAGUGCCUUCUUGGAUCCUUUUAAUUUAAGUAAAUCUUUGAUUUCUUUACAGAGGGUUCAGCUCGUAAAGGCAGGACGAAGAAGGAGGCCAGUGAUAACACGAACAGACACAACCCUGCCGGACAUGAGCGCAAAAUAGUGGAGAAACUCCAAAACAGCGAGAAGAAAGCCAAGGAGUGAAUACUGAGGUAUGGCUGAUAUCAUGCUCUGUGAUAAAAACUCUGUGCCAAAUUAUGAAGUAGGUCAUGUGAUGUUUUUGUAACUGGUCAAAUUUCUUAAUAGUUUGUGCUUCUUUCCUCUCAUACAGAGCAAAAAUAUUCCCAAACUUGACUGUGUAAGAGAAAGGCUAAGAUGAUCGAUUUUACUGGGUCAAACCAUCUCACCAAAUUUAACUACUUUGAACCGGAAAUUUCUGAUUGCCCAGCUUCACGUUCAUGAUUUUUUUUUUCUCAAGUGGGCUCAGACACAAACCAACACUGGAGAAAUUUUAUUUCUUUGUUUAUUUCUAUUGACCAUGAGCCAAUUUAGGUCAGAUGCAUUCUUGUUGGUAUUUAAGUAAUUAUUUUAUUCUGACUUUUAUAUACCAGUAAAUACCUUGAUUAGUAAGCUAAAUGAUCAUAUUUGGUGUACAGAAUUUGAGUUGUGGCAGCUCAUGUUCUGAUGUUACACAGGCUCCAGUGUUGAGGAUCUAGUCCUGGAUUGGUUAAAUGUUAUCCUUUAACUAUCCUGUGUCGGCCAUGUGUGCACCCAGUCCAGUUGUGACUCAAAUCUGAUUACAGUCUGAAAGAGGGUGGUUAACUCUUUGAGACAGUAUGACUUAUGAUCAGGAAAACCACUGACUCAUUUUAUGUGCUCCAUGUUUUAAAUUUGGAUUGUGGAGCUUGGAAAAUGAAAACAACAUCAUUCAGGACACAUCUGUAGGUUUGGCAGGUGCGCUGACUCCCCCUUUUGGUACAAUGAAGUUUUUAUUGAGCCACAAUAAUAAUGAUUUUUUUUAAAUGUAGGGCAACUCGGACGGCCUAACCUGGAAACUGACCAUGGCCUCUUUGGCAACAGGAUAAGAUGAAGAAACUGGCAGGAGUGUCUCAAGCUCCAUAAGUCGAGACGAAACCUUGGCGUGAGGAGGAGCCCGUAGACCUGAGUGGCCCAUCUGAGUUCCUUUUCAUGGCAGCAGACUGUGGUUCCAAAGCCUAAAGGUUUUGUACAGCACUCACCAGUGGUGGCAUGUCAUGGGCCCCUGUUCGGCCUGCAUUGGUGCACAUGUGAUCGUGGUGGUGAUAGUUUUGUGAUUUUGAUCUGUGUUAAUGUGUUUUCAAAAUAUGUUUUUACCAUUAAACUCCUCCAUUUUAAAUGACUUAC